AUGGAUCAAGACGAUUCUGAACAAGCUAUGCCUGGUGUGAAACAGGAAAUACCUCAUGAGAGUUCCCCAGACGGAAUAUCUGAACCACAAGACACUGAAGGUGGUGAUGAGGAAGGUGAAACUAGAUGCAUAUGUAAGGAAUUAGAUCCACCUGAUGACUCUGGUCUCUAUAUUCAAUGUGAACAGUGUGGAGCUUGGCAGCAUGGUUACUGUGUUGGUAUAUCUGACGGUGAAGAUAGUUAUCUAGAGAAAUACUGGUGUGAACAGUGUAAACCUGAAUUACAUCGAUUGUACACUGUAGAUAGUGCUGGUACACUAAGAUCUCUUUAUCAACCAAUCCAAGAAAAGAGAAGACAUAUCAGAAGAAACAGUCGGCAGAGACCUAACUCUAAUCCGACAUCAGGCUCGCAAUUGGAAGAUUCUCAACAUGAUUCCUCGAACUCAAGUCUUCGAGAGACCCCAGAGAAGAAUCCAACAGAUGAUUCAAGGGAAAGUCGAUCAAGGUCUUCCAGAUCUAGACGUAGCUUAGAAAAGUCAAUUGGUAACGAUAUUAGAGAAGCGGAUCAAGAUCAAGAGAAUGACGGUAAUAACGGUCAUAACAAUACUAACGAUAAUGGUAAAAGAAAUAACAGUAAUAGUGAACUAGACCGUCUUGGAGAAUCUCCAUUAUCAGAAGAUCCAAUAGAAGAUGGUGAUGAAGAUGAUAAAAAAUUACAAGAUCGUAAGAGAGCUACUUUCUCUGCUAGGGAGGAAAAACAUUACCAAUGGAUGUUAGAGAAAGCGAUUAGAGAGAGUAGACGCACAUCUAAACACGAAGACGAUUCACACGAUGCUGGAGAUGGCCAGAAACUUGGCCUAGAGGCUGAUUUAACUAACGAAGAAGUCCCGGACCAAGCGCAAGAGUCAAAGGAAUCGAGGACUCAUCAGGGACGCAAUGACUAUUGGCAUAAUGGUGAAGAAAACGUUGCGGUGACAGAAAAUGAACACUCACAGAGUCCACCGGUUAAUCUUCAAGAGUUCCAUGGUUAUGGUGCUAGUAACUCUGCUGCCAACAGCGGCACUUCUGCAUCUGGCGCAGCUGCCUCUGCCACAAAUCGUACAAGGGACGACCCACUUUUGUCACGUUCAGCUUCCAUGAAUUCUAACUCUGAAGAUGAUUCUAAAAGACCAAAGAAAUCCAAGAGAGGUCCAAAUCGUGGUAAUAGAUCGUCAGGAAAUGGUAAUGGUGCUAGGGCAAGUACGCCACCAAAGGGAAAAUUGGAGCUUGGUGUUAAUAAGCCUAUGAAACCUAGGUUGCCAUCUCAGCGUACAUCCCUGAAUGAAAUGAGAAGAAGGGUAGGAGCUAUCCUAGAGUUUAUUUCAAGAACUCAAUGGGAGUUGAGCGAGGACCAAUCUUCCAGAGACGACCUUAUACGUUUUGUGGAAAACCAACAGUUCGUACAACAAGUGGAUACCAUAUUUGAAUCUCAUGACCACACUUUGAAACUUAUGGACGACCUAACUAGAUCAUUGCUCCUUUGGGAGAAGAAAUAUUCGAACGGUCCAACUAUACAAGACUGA